AUGCCAGAGAGCGACGCUGGGAGUCGGGUGCAUGUGCUCUAUGAGUCCCGGUCGAAUAGCUUGAAGCACCUUCUGCGAGAAAGUCUUUGGGAAUGGGUGGUUCUCAUCUUGUUACUCGGGGUCUCUGGUGCCUUGGAGUUCAUCACGCCAUAUCAGCGAGUUGCCUUUGCUGGCGAUAUCAGCAUCGCGUACCCGCUCAAAACGCAAACCGUUCCAACGUGGCUCCUGGCUGUGCUGGCUAUUGUUCUACCUUUGGUGGUGAUUUUGGUUACGUCGUUAGUCAUCAAGAGGAGUGUGUUUGAUGCCCAUAUGUCAGCACUUGGAUUAUGCGUCUCCUUGAUCUUUACCCUCAUCUUCACACAAAUCGUCAAGAUUUCCGUGGGUAGUCUUCGCCCGGACUUUCUGGCCCGGUGCAUCCCGACAUGGCAGACGGACGAACUCCUCAAGGUCACUACAGUGGCAUCCUGCUCAGGGUUCGCUGGAGACAUCAAGGAAGGGCGGAAAAGCUUCUUCAGCGGGCAUUCCAGCUUGAGUUGGUCUGGUUUGUUCUUCCUGAGCAUCUACCUCCUCCGUCGCCUCAACAUCCACCGCAAGCCUCUAGCACCCAAAUACGCCGUAGCGAUCAUCCCCAUCAUCCUUGCGCUGUUGAUCUCGAUAUCACGUGUGGAUGACUAUUGGCACCGAUGGGAGGACGUUGUGAUUGGAGCGAUCGUCGGCAUCGUCAUUUCGACCUACUCGUACAGAUAUCACUGCUGGUUGGCGGAAGAGCUGGUUUCUGACGCGCCAGGUUCCGCAACGAAUCUACUGCCAAAUCGACGAGACGGCUCGCACGAUACCUCGGUUGAUCAGUUCCGGGCGCACUCGGGGACUUACGCGUACCGGCAGGGGGAUGACGUGCGCAUACAUGUGCCGGAUCGGGAAAACUCGAGUCGGAACAACUCGAAUCUGGGAGACCGGAACUUCCAGCAAGGUUCUCACCAACCCCGUUCGUGA